AUGUUGAUACAAAUAAUUCAGAAAAUCCAUAAUUGUUUCAUAUCUCAAAUGUCGCAUUGGUGCAAUUCUUACCAAAGCACUGUGAUAAUAAUGUGGAUUUGUUUCAGCAUAUUGAUUUACUUAGCAAUUGUGUUCUUGUUGAAAGUUACAGAGAUUUUUUAUUCACAACACAACCGUGAUGUGUUAGACAAAAUGUACAAAGCUAUCGACGAAAAUGAUGUAGUUGGUUGUAUAAGUUUCCUACAAAAGCAUCCUCAUUGCGUAAAUGAAUUUUGCAGAGAUGGAUAUACGCCAUUUCAAAUGGCAUGUGCUAAUGGAAAUACCCAGCUAGUCAAACUGAUGUUGAAAAAAGGUGCCGACGUCAAUUUGAAAUCCGCCAAAGAAGAGUCCCCCUUCUACCUCGCCACCUUCUACUACAUCAAAUACCCCCAAUUCAAGAACGCCACGUGCAUCAGAGAGCUGUACUACGCAGGCGCGAACAUCGACGAGCCCAACGGCAAAGGUCUGACUCCCCUACAAAUGGCCGCCACGUUCGGGCACACGCCCCUAGUGAAGUGGCUGCUGUUGAAGAAGGCUUCGACGCGAGUGAUGCCCGAUCCCUACCUCAUAGCGUGCUCCCAAGGCCAUCAAGAUACGGCAAGCGUUAUAUGGAAGAUGAGCAAGGGAUUCGCGAUCGAAUACAAAUGA